UAUGAAAGUUUCGGUUGACCUUGUAUUAGAUACCGACGCGCUUCUACCAUUACCUGACGUUGUUUCAGAGACAACGUUGAUGCGAGAUGCAGUCGGAUCCUUUGUUGGAUGGCCGUCAGAUCUAAUUUUCCCAGAUGCCGAGACUCCUACAAGACCCACACAUAAAGCUGGUAAAGGGAUUUCAAGACGCAUCGAGUCGGUUGCAUCUCAAAAAGAGGUUCCCGGUCGAAAGUUGAAAAAAGCUGGUAAGGAUAUUCCAACGACGUCCGGGACAAAAUCUCAAAUUAUGAUGCGUCUUGAGAAAAUGGUGGAAGAGUCCGAUAUUAUGCACGGCGCCAUCCGUAGUGUAGAUUUUGAUGAAGGUGUUUUCGGAAUUGCUCAUUCCGAAAUAAUUGCAAAGGAGGACAUGCAACAACUUUUUGAACACGAAGAAUUGGGCAUCGUGGCUUCUGGAAGAUCACAUACUAGAAGGAAGAGACAAAGAUCAGGAAAUGGUGUGUAUGUUGUACCAAAUGAAGACCAUAGAUUCUGA